AUGGAUAUGGGUUUCCUGAUAUUCGUUUUAAAUGAUUUUUACUUGAUUAUCUCUAUUAUGCAGCUCCAGUCUGUUCUGAAUCUUCAUGAGACUGAAGCUAAGGUCGCUGAGUUACGCAAUAAAUUUAGGGGUCAAACUGUUAUGCUUGGGGUUGAUGACAUGGACAUUUUUAAGGGGAUCAGCCUGAAGCUUUUGGCCAUGGAACAAUUGCUCAUGCAACAUACUGAGAAUACAGGUGAAGUUGUUUUGGUUCAAAUUGCAAAUCCUUUAAGAGGCCGGGGAAGAGAUGUACAAGAGAUCCAGUCUGAAACUUAUGCUACAGUGAGGAGAAUUAAUAAUGCUUUUGGAAGACCGGUGUAUGAUCCGGUGGUUUUGAUUGAUGCCCCUCUCCAGUUUUACAAACGGAUUGCUUUCUACGAAACUGAACUAUUAUCUCAAUAUUUAUGUACAAUUCAUAAUAAAGAGUAUGGGUUUGGGGCACAUGACUUUCCAAUUAGUGGAGUUUUUGAAGUAGAGCCAAAGAGCUGCCCUGGUUUUAUCUACCGAUGUUCCAUCUCAUUGGGAUUCAUACACAUGCCUUUCUCUGAAUUCAGAGCAUUGAUCGAGAGUGUAGCUUCUGAGUAUCAUGGAGAUACCUAUCACCUCAUCUCCAAGAACUGUAAUCACUUUACAGAAGACAUGGUUCAUAGAUUGACCGGCAAACAUAUCCCCAGAUGGGUAAACCGGCUGGCUCGGCUAGGUUAUUUUUGCAGCUGUCUGCUUCCUGAAAGCCUUCAAGUAACCACAGUGAAGCAGUUGCCUGAAUACCACGAAAUCGAAGAAGAAACUGAAUCUCUCUCGACAGCCAGCCCUGGGGACUCAAUAGAAAUGGAUGAUACAGAUCCGGAGAAGCAGUUGCUCUCACCAAAAGAGGGACCUUUGGAUAUAUCUUUCAUUAAAGAAGCCCAAACGUAUGACUGCAGGGGGGCUUAAAAAGGAGAGCUUACAUUCCAUGACUUUCGUUUGAAUGUUGUAAUUAGAUUUCUAGUAUUCUUUCCAUUUUUGGGGCUUCCUCAUUUAUUUUUCUCCUGUUCAUUAUUUAAGCAGAAGACUUCGGAGCUGGAAAUGUAGUUUGUUGUUGAAGCUCUGUGUGAGUGGUUAUACAUUAAACUUUUGGAUGCCAAAUGGCGUAGCAGAUAAUUUCUUGUGAGCAUUUCUGAUGGAAAGUUGAACAUUUCAAAAU